AUGGACAGACAUUAUUUGACGCUGCCAAGAAGGGAUGCCUAUGCCAAAACUGGAUGCUACAACCUGAAGUGCCCGGGUUUCGUUCAAGUGAGCAGAAGGCUGGCGCCCGGCGCUGUGCUUCCAGUCUCCGCGUUCAAGGGAAGACAGGAUCCAAAGACGGCGAAUUGGUGGCUGGGCAUCAACGACGAGUGGAUUGGAUACUGGCCCAGGACCAUUUUCACGACUCUUGCUUCUGGGGCGACAUUUUUAGAGUGGGGAGGAGAGAUCAUCAACGGAGGAAGAACAGGUCACACUACCACCGAUGUGGGCAGUGGCCAUUUCCCUAGUCAGGGCCUCGAUGGAGUCUCUGACUCAUUCAAUAACCUCCAGUACGUCGAUCAGAACUAUAAGGUGAUGAAACCAACCACAGUUUCUGCAUUUGCUUCGAGACCCAAGUGCUACAACCUCAAAGUUCUUGGAGACGUCGGCGGCAACAGAGGAUACACCUUCUUCUUUGGAGGCACCGGCAGAAACGCCAACUGCCGUUAG